AUGAGCGUCCACUCGCUCGACUAUGCGCAGCAUGGCAAUAUGCUUGAACCGCUUCCAAACCUUGACCUCGAAGCUGGACGUCACUCGCCCACCUCCCUCACGGAACGAUCCCCAAACAGAAGAGAUGGGUCAUUCGUAGACGCGAACGCGUUCACCACUGCCGCACGGGUCAACUCCACCGACACAGCCAAACGUCGCAUGCGACGCUCGAACACGGCGCGCUCCUACCAUCCUGAAGGCUUUACCCAGGACUCGACUUGGCAGCCCGGAACCGAACCUGGUAUUGAUCCAACCAAAUCCCUUCCCGCCUCGAGCGCAGAAUGGGCAUCGAACGUGCCCAGCGACCUACACCGGGAGUGUGAAAUUACAGUGGUGGAUUUUUCGCAGAAUGAAAUGCGGCAGUAUGAGCUGGACAACGGAUCGCUGGAACAGUUUCUGGCGCGUGAGCAGGAGCCAUGGGUGCAGUGCCGAUGGAUCAAUGUGAACGGUCUAAGCUGGGAUGUGAUCAAAAUCCUUGGAAACCAUAAGAAGCUGCAUCGGCUUGCGAUCGAAGACGUGGUUCACACAACGAACCGAACGAAAGCCGAUUGGUACUCUGACCAUGUUUUUGUUGUGCUGGCAUUGCAAAAAUUGGUCAAGCUGCAAGACGACAAAAAUGACUCGGAUGACGACGACGCCUCGGAUGGCAAAUUUAAGGAAAGGUCUGGGUCUGUGGCAAGUGACAAAAGUUCGGUGUCUAUCAAACGGCCUACCAAGCGAAACCUCAUUCUGGACGCUCUCAAGGACCUCUUCCGGUUCAAGCGAGCGCCGCAUGAAGAGCGCGAAGGCAAAAUUCACGUCGGAGCUAGUGUUCGCCCUGGUCCACGCAGGCAGUCAUCAAAGCAUACGUCCCACUUUGGAGAUUUGUCUUCGACUAAAGGACGUACUGCCAGAACUCUACAGCGAUAUCGUGGGGGUCCAAAUGAAGGCCGAAUUGAGUUCAUGGAACGUCAUGCUGUGUUGGCCGCCAAAAACCUAUGUGUCACACUGGAGCAAGUUUCAAUCUUUUUGAACGCUGACAACUCUGUGACGUCCUUCUUUGAAAGUAGUGCCGAUGAUAUAGAAGCUCCUAUUGUUCGGCGCUUAAGUUCCCCCGAGACGAUUCUGCGACAAUCCUGCGAUGCAAGCAUGCUCAUGCAAGCCAUCCUUGAUGCUAUUAUCGAUCUUGCUCUUCCAGUAACCAUGGCCUACCAAGAUGCCAUUGGCGACCUCGAACUUGAAGUCUUGACUGAUCCGGAUAUCGAUCAAUCCAAGAGCUUAUACAUCCUGACGUCUGAAAUCUCGGUACUGCGUAAUUCUAUGCAGCCCAUUGUCGCCGUGAUUAAUGCGCUUCGAGAUCAUCGAUCCCAACCCAUUGGUACACCUGGACUCGGAGUCGUCCGCAGUAGCCCUAAGAGCCAAAGUACUGCGACUGACGAUCCAUACUAUGAUCAAGACGAUGAUCCACGAAUCGAAAUUGCGACGCCAAAUUUGAAGAGCGCCAGCGGUUCGACUGUGACGAUAAGUCACAUGUGUCAUACCUACCUGGGUGAUGUUUUGGAUCACUGUAUUACUAUCGUGGAAGGAUAUGAUCAAAUGCGACGUGCGGCAGAUAACAUGAUUGAUCUCAUUUUCAACACUAUCGGUGCCUACCAAAACGAAAGUAUGAAGCAGCUCACAAUCGUCACUUGUCUGUAUCUCCCCAUGACGUUCUUGACGGGCUAUUUUGGAAUGAAUUUCACUGACUUUGCUGGCAUUAACAACAGCGACUCUUAUUUCUGGAAAAUUGCUAUUCCUUUCGUGUUUGUGACAACUUGCUUAUUGAUGCGUGACAAGAUUCAGCGUACAGCUGUCAUGCUCGCUCAGAAGCGUCUUAUUACUAGCUCCAGGAAACAGCGACAAGGGCGAAAGGAGAUGUAA